AUGGUUGCGUCGUCAGUGGUGCUCACAGUUGUAAUCCUGAACUUUCAUCACCGCAAUGCAGAAACCCACGACAUGCCGAACUGGGUGAAGACGAUUUUCCUUCAAUGGUUCCCCUGGAUUUUGCGGAUGCAUCGCCCUGGCAAGGAGAUUACUCUUGAUUCCAUCAUCAUGAACAGAAAGCUGCAAGAGCUGAAGAGACAGCAGCAGCCUUCCAAGAGCUUGAUGUCAAACGUGCUUGACGAUGAUGAUCUCCGGACAGGAACCGGCUUCAUGCGACGCCCAGGCAUGGGUCCGGGCGUUGGUUUCGACGAUCUGCACUCAAUGACGCUCUCCUCGCACACUUCACAUCCCUGCUUAGCUGGUUCGCAGCGAGAAUUAGCCUUGAUCCUCAAAGAAAUCCGCUUCAUUACGGACCGGAUGAGAAAGAAUGAAGAAGACUUGGAAGUGACCAGCGACUGGAAAUUCGCCGCGAUGGUCCUGGACAGAAUCUGCCUCAUCAUUUUCACCCUGUUCACCGUCGUAGCGACCGUCGUGGUGUUCUUAUCAGCUCCACACUUAAUAAUCAGCUAUUCGGUUGACUUAAGUGUCCACGAAAUUGCGACGCCUGCGAUGGUUACACUUGCAACCGUGUGCGACCAAUCGAUUUAA